ACUAUUGACUAUUAAGGCAACUGAUCCAUCGGAUUCAAAUCCAAAUAAAAACAUUAUUCGUAUUAUUGAACUUACACAACGUAUGUCUAUGGCGAUGAAAUUUCAUGAUCUCCCAGAUACUCCACAAGAAAUGAAUAUAUUUUCUGCAUUUGGUCAAAUUAUUCCAAUGGAA